AUGGCGACUGCAGCACCUUCACCCCUGGCCAGUUCUCCAGCGAAGACAAACGGAAACAAGCUGAGCAGGCUUCUCAUCGAUGGCGGAACAACAGUACUGAGGAAUGUCUUUGAUCGCUAUCACCCACCUGCCAACUUGGCUUCUGGUCUCAAUACCAAUUACUCCAUUCUUAACAACCUUUUGCGUAGAAGAGUUCUAAAUGGCCAUCAGUGGGACAAACUGUUUCCCCCUGGUGGAGGGGUGCCAGACUCUAACACGUUUGACAUCACUCUUCUUUUCCUACUGCUAACCACCAUUUGUGGCUUAUCCCCUCCCCUGACUGGAUGGCACACCAAGCCAUUCCCUGGUGAUAACUCUCUUGAGGCUAACCUUGCUCGCGUUAAGUUCUUUCGGAAUGAGCUGUAUGGUCAUGUGACGUCCAGUGGUGUUGAGGCGACAUCCUUCUCUACCUUCUGGCAUGAAAUAAGCACGGCUCUUAUUUGUCUUGGUUUGGAUCAGGCUGAAAUUGACAGACUGAAGGCAGAGCAGGGUGGAGAGGAAGAUUAUCUUGAUGCCUUAACUGAGUGGGCAGGCAGUGACGAGGACAUUAAGGCGCAGCUGAAGGAUAUCCACCAGAGGCAACUAAAACUCAGUGAGACCCAAUGUAAAACACAGGACGUUGCAGAAGAAGUAUUGAGGGUGGAGCUCAAAGGUGAGAAAAUCCUUCUUGAUAGCAAGUCAAAGUUGGAUGAAGUAAGCCAGUUAGUAUACGCAACACAUCAAGCGACAAAUGAAGCACAUCAGGAAAACAUUUUGCGUUUGGAUAAAGUGUGUGACUCCCAAUCCAAAACCAUUCAUGCAGUCGAUGUAAUACAUGAAUCAAUUCAAGAAGUAAAACAGGAGGUAAAAGGCUUGACGAAAAGGAAAAACGAGCAUGCAGAUGAGGUACUAAAAACCCUUGUGAAGUCGGAAUUCAAAGGAGACAUAGAAUUUCAUGCGAACAAAUUCCAGGAAGGAACUCGUGAGUGGAUCUUCAAAAGCAUCAAAGACUGGUUAGACGACCGGAGCUCGCCGCAUCGCGUGAUAGUAAUCAGUGGCAAUCCAGGGAUGGGAAAGACUGUUAUCUCCGCUGUUGUUUCGCAAAGAAUGCAAAGAGUUGGAGGAAUGUCAGGGAGCCACUUCUUUCAGCAUAACAAUUCACGGUACCGAGAUCCUCGUUUAAUGCUCCAGUCUUUGGCCUGCCACUUGUGUCAAGCGAUGCCAAGUUACAAAGAUGCUCUGGUAGAACAGUUGUCUAGAAAUCUGGGAAAAGACCUCAACAACAUGGGCGUAGAAGAGCUGUUUGCGUUGCUGUUCAAAGAGCCUCUGAGCACAGUACAAGACCCUGGAAGAAACACCCUAAUAGUCAUAGAUGGCCUCGAUGAGAGCGAGUACCAAGGACGCAAUGAGCUUCUACAUGUAAUCAGUAACCACUUUUCUAUGCUUCCAGUUUGGAUUAGAAUUUUGAUUACAACUCGUCCAGAGAGGAGCAUAACAGAGGUAUUGCGACAUUUAGAGCCAAUCGAGCUUAAACAAAAGCGUGAGGAAAACUUAAAUGACAUUCAAACCUUGUUUGAAAAUCAACUCAGCAACAAAAUUGGUGAAGAGCAUAAAGAUAUUAUCUUGAAAGAGCUGGUUAAGAAAUCAGAAGGCCUGUUUAUUUACGCUUACUAUAUAGUGGAUUUUAUCCAAAAGAAUGUUUCAAUUCUCACCCCUGAUCAGGUGGAAAGCGUAUUGCCUUCAGGUAUUUCAUCCGUUUACUUGUCCUAUUUCAAACGGUUAGAGAAUGAACUUUGCAAAGAGCUUAAUGCAGAUGAGGAACAUUUUUUGCGUUUCCUGUGUGCAUUGGCCGCGGCAAGGGAACCAUUACCAGUAGAAUUCAUCGCCAAAAUUCUAAACCCUGGAGGAAAAUCAUUGACUGCGCAGCGAAAAGUUAAAAAAGCAAUAUCUUGCAUCUCUACACUGUUACCAGUUCGAGAGGAUCGCCUUCACUUCUUUCACAAGUCAAUCAAGGACUGGUUAAUAGCAUCAUUGUCCUAUGAACAGCAUGAUUUCGCGGUGGACGAGAAAGAAGGACAUUACGUCCUUUCUGAUCUUUGUGUUUCUGAACUCGAUAGCUUGCAGCGAAAAGGGGUUCAUGACAGACAGUUUAAGAAUACUGAAUCGUGUGCUUUGCAUCAUGGUACCCAGCACAUGCUUCAGGUGGUAAAUGAUCAUGACUGCGCUGACGAAACAAGAGCCAUUAGUGUCACAGCAGAACAGGUCUACAAAUACGCAACGGACCUGGAGCUUGUUUAUGCCAAACUUAAAGUUAAGAGCACAUCCGCUACAGAAGAUCUUCUCAGUCUUCACAGUCAAAAUUGCAGUUUAUUAAGCGAUGAAAGAGAUUUUGUUGUGACUUCUCUCCUUAGCCUUCUUAAAAAACACUCUUAUAUCUUGGUUGAUCACCCUCGCCUACUUUUCCAAUGCUUGAUUAACGAAGGAAUUCCUGAAUUGUCGUCUUCAGCAGCAGUUAUCCUUGAAUCGUCCACACCCAAAAUACCCUACAUGAAACAUUUAAAGAAUGAAGACCAGAGAAGAGCUGAUAAGGCAAGGUUUUACUGUUCAGACAAAAUCGUUUGUUUUGAUGUUUCACCUGAAAUGGACUACUUGAUAUGCGAAUGUCGAGAUGGAACUAUCUGUCUGUGGUCCCUUCUGACAGGUAACAAGAUAUGGGUUCGGCCAACAUUGACGAAGAAAGAGUUCUAUUCUGGAUAUCCAGACGACAGUGCAUACCGUGUUGUAGGUAAUAACUCUUUGUCUUAUUACCGUUCUGUGACGUUUCAUCCAAAUGGGGAAUCUGUGCUAGCAGGGACACUCCAAUUUGUGUAUACUCUGGAUGGAGAUACGAAAGACCUUUUCCCCAGCAGUGAUAGCAUUUUUUCAAAUUUCGUCUUUUGCAAAGACAAGAAAGAAGUUUUAACUGACCGCCCAAAUAAGCCAAAGGAGGUAGCCUUGUGGAAUAUAGUAAAUGGUGAAAACGUCUUAAACAUCGUUGCUGACGAAGAAAUUGCUACCUUUACCAUUUCGGAAGACGGGUCACAAGUUGCUUUUUCCCAAGUGACUUUUGAAAUUGUUUUUUUUGAUCGAGUUAACGAAAGUGUCCAAAGGAUUCUUCAAACUGAGUCGGUGGUUUGUGGGCUGAUGCAUUUCACACCCGAUACUGAGAACCGUGACACUCUUGUUUGCGGGUUUCUUGGUUUUACUGUCGAGGAAGAAUGUGGCACUUAUAAAGGUUGUUUUUGUGGUCUAUCACAGUUUUUAACUUUUAAUUCCGAUCUCGAUUUUGAUUCUGUUCAACCUGAAACUUUUAGCUUAUGGCCAUACGACUCAUCAGGCACUUUAGAUUGGGAUUUCGGAUACUGGGAUUUAACAAUGCAGGACAUAAGCGACUGUUGGGUGCAUUGCGUAAUCCCCAGUAAGUUUUUGUACGCCGGCUCCUACAUCAGACUCAAUAAAGAGUCGGCAUUGGCUGGUAGCCCAGCUUGCAAAUACGUCGCUAUGGUAAACACUGAAGAGGUGUUUCGAUUGCAGAAUGGUGGAGUUGUCGUGAAGAUUGCAUUCUCUCUAGAAGGAGAUGCCAUUUAUUCCAUUACUUCAGAAUCAGAAUCUCUUCAUCAUAACUUAACGUUGACUGUUUUUAGAAUGUCAAAUAAUGAGCUGUUGAGCACAAAAAUAUUCCCAGGCCCCAUUUCUAUCUUUCCAACUAGAGAUGGCGUCAUGCUUCGAAAACAUGACAGAGUCGCAGAGUUAUGGAGCUUUGACAUGUCCACUUGUCUUCGAUCUCUUCCCAAUGUUACCGCAUACAACAUAGUUUCUUCUACUUCAGAGGAAUUUAUAGCCGGUUGCUAUAAAGUAGCAUUGUUCGAAUUGUCUAAGGAUUUAGCGAAUGAGGGUUCAGAUAAUUCAGAGGACUGGCCUGAUGAUAUACACAAAUGGUGUGUGGAUUUUCAAGUCUAUUGGGUUAUUGACGUCUUGGACGUGACCAGUGCUGGCAGCAGGAUUGUUUCAUCACUGAAGGCCGAUUUGGAUGCCGAUGAAGUGAUACUUUCAGUUUUAUGUAUUGAUCCAAGUCAAGUGUUACUUUGUACUUCUAAAGAGGAAGAUUUUGGAGGUCACUCACUGGAGAACGUAAAACUCAAGUUAAGGAAAAACGGUUUGAUUCUGUUGGAAAGAACGACCUGCUGGAUUGAUCCAGAUAGAAUAAUUGCGUCACACCUGCUCUGUUCGCCUAGAAAUGAAUUUGUUGUCACUUGGAACACUCUUGACCAAGGUCAUGGCCUACAUAUACUUAAUGCAUAUACGGGAGAAACAUUGCACGUCUUCCUUGGAGAACAAAAUGACAUUGUUGACUGUAAGUUUCUCGAUGAUGAAUCUGUGGUUUGCUGUAGUGAGGACAACUUCCUUCGAUUGUAUAAUAUCAGAACAGGAGAUCUACUAAGUAUUCUAGACAUUGGAGAGCAACCCUUCUGUUUGGGAGCCUGUCUGUACCAGCCUCUUGUCGCCAUUGGUUUGUCCGCGACAAGAAUAAAAUUCGUCCACGUACAGUUGCCAAAAGAAACUAAAAAGACUGCACGGUUAGUUUCUUUUAUCAGUUUCUUGGUCAUCGCGGUAGAUUAACUAAAUAGUAAAGCCCCGAAAACCAGCCCUCGUUCUGCCAUCAAAAUGCCAUCGUAUAAAAGAGGGUUUCAGAUAAGAAAAUGAGUGUGUGUUUUCUUUGGUCGAAGCAAAUGCUGCGUCGUAGUGACGGUGUCCACUGAACUUAGGCAACAACAUGAUAGUUUCUGUUGGUACCUGUUGGUUCGAGAGUUUUAACGCGGUUUAGGUGUAGAAAUCCUUUUUUCUUAGAUCUUCCACCGCACAAUGCAGGGCUGUCUAUCUUAGGUACUUCACAGCUGCCUAGUCCAUUAAUGAAUAGUGUAACGCAACUGGAUCUUUACAUGAAACUAACGACUUUCUUAUUUAAAUUGAAUUGUAGCCUCAGUCAUCAAACGCCAGUGAAUUAACCUCCUUAGAAGUCUCAGAGGAACUGAAACUUGACAAAAAGAUUUGGAUUCUCAAAUCAAAGCCCCUGAAUUUAUCUGCCUUUCUGAGAACUCAUUGAGGGAGCUCCGUGAACGCUGAAGAAGCAAUUGCACAGCGGGGAUUGAAAUCCAUUGGAACCGCACUGAGGGACUGGAUUUUUAUUUUCAAGUUAGACAUGUUUUAAAUUUGCAUAUCAUCACAGGGAGGAGGGGGUGAGGUUACACGCGAAGGAACAGGGGUGUGGAUGCC